AUGUCUCCUGUGAUGAUGGCAGACCCUGUAGAAGAAGCGAUGAAACAGUAUGAUCAACAGGGCUGCUUGCAUGAGCAGUUCGUGAAACAAGCGAAGGCUACACCUGAAGCGGUAGCUGUCGUUACUUAUGAUGGGAAAAAGGUGAGCUACGGUGAGCUGGACCGGUUAACCGAGGCGCUCGCCACCAAGCUUCGCCACCUGGGCGUGAAGAACAACACCAUUGUCGGUAUACUGCUAGACCGCUGCCUAGAGUUUGUCAUCAGCUACAUCGCCAUCCUACGAGCAGGUGGUGCUUACAUGGCCAUUGAUGUAUCCUACCCGCCUGCACUACUCAAGUCCAUCCUGGAGGACGCAAAGCCUGUUGCCGUGUGCACUAAAGCCUGGUUCUCUGACCAUCUGACUGGUUCUUCAGUAGUGCCAGUUCUGUUGGACACAAACUGGCUGGACAGAGUGACAGGCGAGAACAGCCGGCUUCCUUUAUUAAAAUACCCUGUUCGGGUGUCACUGGACGACAUGGCGUACAUUGUGUAUUCGUCUGGUACCACUGGAAAGCCCAAAGGCAUCAAGUGCUCGCACCGAGGCGCAGUGUUCUCGUACCACUGGCGCCAUGUCGCGUACCCGUACUGUGAAGACGAGCGGGAGGCGUGCAAUGUGUUUUUUGUGUGGGAAAUAUUACGUCCACUAAUGAGAGGAGUGUCAAUGUAUAUCAUCCCAGAUGAUGUGAUAUAUGAUCCACCGCGACUGGCCGGUUUUCUCGCGGAACAUCGCAUCACACGCAUGCUCCUUACCCCUUCCUUACUGCAAGCUGUUCUUGACUUCAAGGGGCUGCAGCUCAACAAGGCUUUCCAGUUUAUGAGGUGCGUAUAUGCGAGGAGAUCAACGCCAGGAUGGAUGGAUGACAUGCGGGAAGACAUGGGCUCAGGUACAAGAAUAUCUAUGUGGGAGGACAGAGAGGAAUGGAAAAGGCUUUACUAUAGGAUGAAAAGAAAAGAGGAGUCGGCAGACCGUGGUGCAGGUGUGGCUCUGUGGCGAGGUAGUGACAAUGAUCCUAAGGGACCAGUUUACUGA